CUUCAGGGGUAACGCCGUGUUUGCGCCAAUCGCGCAGCGCCGCUCGUUCUCGGCUCUAGCUCGUGGCGGAGGUGGUCUGGGUAGCUCCAAGGUGACGCCUUUAGCACCUGGCUUCGCGAAGUGGUGAAAAAGCUCGCGGCCGGGGGCGUGCAGAAUUCUGGAUGAACAAAGAUGCCGCCUUCAUCUCCAUUGAGACUUUCUCCUCGAAGGGAACUCAUAAAGGAGAGUGCUCAUGGAAGGAGCCAUAGUCUGAAUAACGGACUUGAUGCUCGAGACAAAGAUGACAAACUUGCGCUGUUUGAUGAAAUCAACAAGCAUGACAGAGAGAAGUUAUUGGUGCAUUUUUCUAACGAUUUCGAUGGAUUGAUAGAUUCGAAAGUUGAGAUCGCUAUCCAACCUCGAGGAGGCAACUGUAAUCUACUGAACAUAAAUGGUGACAAUAAUGACUAUGAUUGGCUAGUAGCUCCUCCAGAAUCUCCUCUUUUCCGUUCACUGGAUGAUGAUCAGUCUCGAGCUAGUCAAGAAAGGAGAAGAGAACAACUAAAUGGGAAGAUUCAAAUGCCGACUAGAAGCAAUGCAAGUCCUUCCAGACAAAUUCGAUCUCCUAGAUCCUCAUAUGAUGUAAUCCAGACAGCUGCUAGGCCAUCAUCAGCCCCUCACUCCAUCUCCACUCCAGUUGUAAGUGAAAAAACUCCCUUGAAAAGGCCUUCGACCCCUCCAACCAAGCGUUCCCCGCCUAGUCCUAGGUCAUCUAGUCCCACAGUUCAAAGGAUUAGCAUCGGCGCAUAUGGGCAGACAGUAUCUUCUAGUACAAGAGGAACAUCCCCCAUAAAGGCAAAUCAUCAAAAUUUUGCAUCAUCAACACCAAGAGGCCGACGAUCUAGCUUUUCUGGUUUCUCCAUGGAAACACCACCAAACCUCCGAACUUUUAUGCCAGAUCAGUCAGGUUCACGUGUACGUGGUACUUCUCCGGUAUCAGGAGUUUCCAUGAGUCCAUCUUCAAAAUUUGGAACAAGAUCAACACCACCAUCACCAGCCAGAAACUGCAUAUCAUCACAAAGCCAUGAAAGACAGCAAUCUCAUUGCAGAGAAUCGGCAACAUCAUUUGGUCAUGAUGAUGCAGAUUCAAUUUUUUGCAGUGGUAUAGGAUUAUCAGGAGGUUCUGCAAGAAGAAAAACUGGUUCUGCUGAGAAAAGUAGGGAUGUGCCAUCCUACAAGAAAACUUUCAUAUUGCCAUCUUCAUUCUCUGGCACGACAGAAUCUUUUAGUUAUGUGGAUCAUCAAGAAACCUCCCAUGGCAUGAGCUCUCUUCUGUCAAGUGCUUCUGCCGCCAAGCUUUGUGAUGGUAAAACAAAUAAUAAAGUGCAUGGGUCUAUGCUCUCUGGUAAGUUGUCACAUACUGGCAGGUACAACUCUAACUCUGAAGGUGAUUUAUGCUUUUCUCAUAACAUGGAGUAUGGUAGCCAUACGCGAAAUCAUCUAUUCGAUGAAUGGGAAAUAACAAAACAAUAUGGAAUCCAAGAGGCAGAGGCUCCCAACUUUGAUAAUAUUGAUAAGCUGAGCCUUGAUUAUCAUCAUGGAAAUAGCACACAGACUGGAGACUUUUAUGUUGGAUCCAGAACUUCCGAAGUCGAUCUUCAAAAGUUUCAAAGUUCUGCAGGUGGUAUACGUGAUGCAGUCAAUACUGUAUCAAAAUUUCAGUCUUCGUAUGUGGCUGAUUGUUUUAAGACUAACACCAGUGGAGUUUCUAUUACUAACUUGAAAUGUGGGAAACACACACAUAAAAUGGAUUUGGAUGGAAACAAGGAUUUUUUCCAAGAAUGUGCCACAACAGGCGAGCUAUUGAAUUUUAGAGAACAAGGGGAAACAGGAAAGAAUUCACCAGGUAGAAAGGCUCCUAUCGAAACGAUUGUGACUUCAGCACCCGGUAAGCCAAGAGGAAUUAAGGAUGAGGGGGACAACAUCAGUAGGAGCCACGACAAGAGUGUUGAAAGUGCCAACUCCUGCUUAGAAACUUCAAGAGUUCUGACAGAGCUAUCAACUCACUCCAAUAGUGGAUCUGAAAAAGGAGUGGAUAUUGGAGAAUCAAAGGUUGUGAGGCAUGGGAAUGCCAAUGAAGGUUCUAACUCAGUUGAUGAUUGUCAAGUCGUCUUGCAUGCUGCACCUACUUAUUAUUCUGAUGCGAUCUCGGAGAAGAAAAUUGAUACAUUUUCUGAAGACCCACAGAAUUUGCAUUCACAGCCUAAAAUACCUAAUGGCGUAGACAAUUCCCAGGAGUGUUCUCUAUUGAUGAAAUCAGACAAGGCCAACUCAGCCUCUAUAGAGGAAUACAAUUGUGCUGAAAAUGCUACCUCAAAACAGGGUAUAUCACUUAAAGCUCAAAGGAGUGGUGAGAGACUUUUCACUUUGGAAGAAGCAACUGAGUCUAUACUCUUCUGCAGUUCCAUAAUUCAUGAUUUGGCCUACAAAGCUGCAACCAUUGCGAUGGAAAAGGAAAUGGUCCUCUCCAAGGCUUCUCAGCCAACAUUUACACAUGUUGAGCAAUCUACACAAGAUGAAAAAGAUCUCCAAACCUUGUCUAAUAUACACAUUAAAAUUUCACAGAGUGAUGCAAGAAAAAAGAUGGAGACAGACAAGGACUUCGGAAGCGGUGCCAAAAUCUAUAAGCUGGUAUCUUCUGCUACCAUAAUUUCACCAAGGAAGUGCAAUUGCAUUGUGAUGUAGGUAGGAUUUUUUUUUUUUUUUUUACGAAAAAAAAAGAUGCUCGAGAAGUAUCUUAAUCAUAGUUGUCGUAUUUUUCCCCCUCGGUUAUCUUAAUCUUAUAUAGGGUUUUGCCACAUUUUUUCAUAAUUGUUUACAAUGGUAAUCAAAAUGAAAAGAUGUGCUGGUUCCAAACAUAUAUAGCCAC